ACUAACGCGGAAGUUCACGCGGAGGGAUCUGUUACAGUUUUGUUUACAUCCCCCACGCUGUUUGGUGUUUAUAAUUGCGCGCGUUUUUUACAAAUUGAAAAUUAUACCAUUUAUGAAACAUUCUUAUAGUAGUUUACCUAUUUUAAAGGCCAAUACCAACAACUGUCGGGUUUGUUUUAUUAUGUUUUUGGUGAAUGACUAGCUAGCCAUCUCGUAACCGUUAGCUUGCUGCUACAUCAGGAACUUCAGCGAAACGGAUGUUGAAGCACCCUGUAGAGCGGCACUAUGUUUCAUAGAAACGGGGCACCACCACCCCACAGAAACGGCCCGUACCCCCGGACGCAGGUUCCCGUUCCGUAUGAUUACAGCCCCCUGAGCAUCGGAGAUGCUAAUAGAGGCUUCCAUGUCCUUGAACAACAGAGGCUUCCUCCUUAUGUAUGGACCCCGCCUCCCCACUUUGCUCCCAUCGUCGCCCCUCCACGCAAACCAGCUUUGAACUACAGCCGCAAGAGGCCGAAUAUCAACAGCAGCCCUCAUCUUGUGAAGCGCCAACGUGUUGGUCCUCCCUCCCAUGCCACAGCUUCACCCGUUUCAAACUGGACCCCCCCACCGAGCAGUCUUCCACAUCAAGCUGUGGCAGCGCCUUCGACACCGCUUUCUAGUUUUGAUCGUUUUGGACCCAGUAGACCUGUCUCUACUCCUCAUCAGGGCCAAAGUGUGCCAGAAAGCUACAACGAGCUUCAGACAUAUGCCAGAGAUCAUUUAAGUCGACAGAUGGUGGAGCUGUUUGAGGCAUGCCAGCAGCAGCCUGGAGAUUUAGAACGCAAGGAGAUAUUUCGAGCUCAGCUGCAGGAAGACAUACAGAGCAUCUUUUCAGCGGCACGGCUUUACUUGACUGGGUCAUCUAUGAAUGGUCUGGGCUGCCGCAGCAGCGAUGCAGAUCUGUGUCUGGUCAUUAACGGAGAUAAAAAGCAUGAGCCGCUCUCUGUCCUCUCUCGCCUAAGAAAGCUUUUCAGAACACUCUCAUAUGUGGAAGGGACUUCUCUGAUACGUGCAAAAGUGCCGAUUCUGAAGUUUAAGGAGAAAGGCAGUGACCUGGAGUUUGAUCUGAACAUCAACAACACGGUGGGGAUCAGAAAUACAUUCCUGUUGAGGAGUUACGCCCAAGCUGAUCCCAGAGUAAGACCUAUGAUCCUUGUUGUGAAGAAGUGGGCCUGCCACCAGCAAAUCAAUGAUGCCAGCAAAGGAACACUGAGCAGCUACACGCUGGUGCUGAUGGUCCUCCACUACCUCCAGACUCUCAGAGAUCCAGUGCUUCCAUCUCUACAAAGGGAUCACCCCGAUUGUUUUAGCCCCUGCAUGGACAUAAACCUGGUUCCAGAGGGUUCCAAACACGUGCCUCCCUACAACUCCACGAACCAGUCGUCGUUGGGAGAACUGCUGUUGGGAUUUCUCAGAUACUAUGCGUCAGAGUUCAGUUGGGAUAAACAGGUGAUCUCAGUGCGUGAGGCCACAGCUUUACCCAAGACUAACGCUCAAGAGUGGAGAAAGAAAUUCAUCUGUGUGGAAGAACCAUUUGAAAGAAAUAACGUUGCCAGAGCCGUCCACGAGAAACUGAAGUUUGACGCUAUCAGAGCUCAGUUUGUUCUGUCCAGUAGGAAGCUGCAUGGAAGAAAGGACCUGAACUCCAUCCUUCCACUGAGAGCCAUCAUCAAUAAGGAGGCUUCCAGGAGAUAGACGGCGCUCUCUUUUUGUACGGUGUUUUCUACCGCGAGACGGGACCAACCCAGAAAGACGCAGCAACACCGGUUUAGACGUUAAGCUGCUGUGUUUCCCUGAUGCAGGAACUUCCACUGUUUUCCAAAGAAUUGUUGGUAUGAAAGCCAUCAAAAAUGGAAUGGAGUAACUUCAAUGUCCUACAGUUAAUAGCGUUUACAGAGUUACAGAUCUGAAAUGUUUUAUUUUUACUAUAGUGUUCUCCGCUGGACCUGUUUUCCUAAUCCAGCUAGAAAUGUUUUCCUUACAGUUGAAAGUGACUUAAUGUGACUCAAUGUUAAAAUCUGCAACAAAAACGUUUUUCCUUUCUGAUUUAAUUGUAACAACCGUAGUUGCAGGUGUUUUCCACGGCAACAUCCGCCUGAAGAUCACUUUAUUCCUGCUGCAUUUGAUUGGGCAAUCAAUCAGUUUCCUCCAUCAUUCUGUACAUUUGUCAUCUUAAAACUUUAUGUUUUCAGGUCAGCAUUUUGCUAAGCUGUGGCUUGAAUUUGAAGCUUUUUUUUAAGGAUAAUUACAAAUUCAUUAAAGAGCCUUUUCCACCAACUUGAAGUUCCAAGCUUUUCCUUAAACUGAGAUGUUCCUGUUCAAAUGAGCAAAAACCUUUAAAAAGAUGUUUUUUUAGGUCUAAGUUUUUUUUUUUUUUGGCAUAAAAUUGUUUACAUGCUUUAUUUAAAUAUGUUCAAAUUAAACUCAGGUGCCAAACAUUUUUGUGAAAUUGUGCACCUUGACUGUGUUUUGAUCUGUUUUAAAGGCGUUUACACAGCCCUCCUUAUAAAGAAGUUAUGUUCAGAGGUACUGUUGGAUUAACCUGCUUUCUUUUGACACUGAUUAAAUAAUUCUGUUUCAUAAAUGUGACAAAUACAUUGACAACACUUUUACAAAGUUACUUUUGGCUAAGAAAUUGUGACAUGCAAUCCAUACAUAUAACAGUUUUAAGGUUUUGAAUACAUUUGUUAAUUCAAAAUGAACUUUUAAAAACAGUUUUAUAGUUCUUACCAAGUCUUGAAAUGGUGUAAAUCUGCUUUGGUACAGGUCUAAGUUUGUUUCUAGUAAUUUUUUUGUCAUUUCUUGGCAUAUGAGCAUAAGUACAAGUUUUUGCUUUUCUGUUUUCUGAUCUAAAUUCAUACAAACAUUUGCUUCUGACAACAAUUUUGCACACAUCUUUUUUUAUGUCUUUUCUUACAAAUAAAAAAUAAACUGUUUUUCAUUGGAA